AUGGAGCAGCAGCAUCAUGGCGGACUUGAAAUUAGCCCACUAUUGGUCGGCCUUCUGGGAGUCAUGGCCGGCGCUCUGAUAGUCGCAACCCUCCAUUGCAUCAUAGUUUGCUGGUGCUGUGAUACUGAAAGUGAAAGAUCGCCGGCUAGGAGGAGGACGAUUCCGACAGCCCCAGCGAAUUCAGCUGCUGCUGAUUACAACAGGGAACAGGCCACCAGUAGCAGCGGAAGCUUCUCAAACGUGCUGCCGGUCAUCAUAACCUCCAACUACAACGACAGUACCAGCAAAGAAUAUUCCAAAGAAGACGAUGACAUAUGUGCCGUAUGCUUGAGCGAGUUUAAUGUAGGCGAUGAAGUUCGGGUCUUGCCUGAAUGCACGCAUACUUUUCAUGGGUCGUGCAUUGACAAGUGGUUGCAUUCGCACCGUAACUGCCCGCUUUGCCGUGCUGAAACCUUGCCAUCUUGA